UAUAUGUUAGAGAGACGUAUUUCGGAGAUUACGCUGAAAAUUAAUUACGGUUUUAUUUUUGGAAAAAAUCUUGUGAAGUUGCUGGACGCAUAUAAAUUCUUGGUUCCAAGAAGUGACAUGUGAAAACAAGAAUCUUAUUUAAAGUUUAAGAAUGAAAUGUAGAUCCACCCGUAUUCAUGGAAGGUUACAUCGUCCCACCAAACACAAAAAGAAUUUUACUUCCUGUGGUGAUGAAUUUUCCAUAAACUUCCUGAAUGGUGGACAGCUUCUUCAUACCUGGAGUAGUGACCAUAUAUUUCAGCCUGCUGAGGGAGGAAAAAGCACAUGAGAUGCUGCUGAUGACUCCAAACAUUUACCCACUGAUUUUUGUGUAGAAGGCAGAUUGUACCGUUUCGUGCCAAAAAGGAUGCCUUAAGUGAUUUUCACUUGACAGUGCCAAACUACUAUCUGCAGCGGCUGACAGCAGAUAAGUAGCCGCCAGUCUUAUUUUUUCCCUAAUUUCCUUAUUGAAACCCAACAAUGUAGGAAAGAAAUUCUGGCAAAAAGGACAACACACUCAUUGGGUGGGACGGGUAGAAGAGAAGUGACCUGUAUAGACUCUCUACCGGAUACGGCGCCUUCAAGUGUGAAUUUCAGCAGGACGAUGAACCUCUCUGGGUCGGCAGAACUAAUGUUUCCAAACGCCAGUGACACCGGCGGUGCAGAGGAGCCCAUCGGAGGGUCGUGGAACCACUCCUGCCCUUUGGGUUGGGCCCAGAGCAACGCCAUGGAGACAUGUGUUUUAGAGACCGUGGUUAUUGCGAUGGUGACCGUGCUCAUCAUCGUGGGAAACUUGACCGUGAUCUUUGUGUUCCACUGCGCACCCCUGCUGCACCACUACACCACCAGUUAUUUCAUCCAGACCAUGGCGUACGCCGACCUGCUGGUGGGCUUGAGCUGCCUGGCCCCGACCCUGGCCCUGCUGCAUAACCCCCCAGAUGUGCAGAACCCUCUGGCCUGCCAGGCUUUCAGCUAUGUCAUCUCCGUGCUGAAGAGUGUGUCCAUGGCCUGCCUGGCCUGUAUCAGCGUGGACCGAUACCUGGCCGUCACCAGGCCGCUCUCCUACAACCAGCUGGUGACGCCGUGUAGGCUGAGAUGCUGUAUUGCUCUCAUCUGGACCUACUCCUGCCUUGUCUUCCUGCCCUCCUUCUUCGGAUGGGGCAAGCCAGGCUACCACGGGGACAUCAUCAGGGGCUGCGCCCGUUCCUGGCCCACCUCUGCGCUCUUCACGGGCUUUGUGGUGUGCCUCCUGUAUGCACCUGCCGCCCUAGUGGUCUGCUUCACCUACUUCCACAUCUUCCGCAUCUGCCGGCAGCACAACCGGGAAAUCAGCAAGCAGCGUGCCCGUUUCCCCAGCCAGGAGGCUGAGACUGGCGAGGGCGGUCCACACGCGGGACACGGCCCCGACCGCCGCUACGCCACGGUGCUGUUUCGCAUUACGAGCGUGUUCUACGUGCUCUGGCUCCCCUAUAUCAUCUACUUCCUGCUCGAGAGCUCCCACGUGCUGGACAGCCCAGCCCUGUCCUUCAUCACCACCUGGCUGGCCAUCAGCAACAGCUUCUGCAACUGUGUCAUCUACAACUUGUCCAACAGCGUGUUCCGCCUGGGGAUGCGCCGCCUCUCGCAGACCCUUUGCUCCUCCAUUUCUCUCCAUGUGUGCGCCGCUGGGGACAGAGACUUUAGUGAACCCAAGCCCUAGGACAGCCAUGCAGCGUCAGAGAAGAAGAAAGGAAACUCCAGUGUAAAACUCA